GAGAAAACCGAGGAAUCCUUCCUCUCUGUCUCACCUGCCAGAUCUCAUCCAGAGCCUCAUUUCUGGAUUCUGCAUCAGCACAACACAAAGACUCGGAGUUUCCUUUCCUUUUUUGAUUGGCUCCAUUUGCAGGCAAUGAGUUGACAAAGAGCGGCGAUAGAGAAAUGACGCUCAGCAACAGGUAGACUCUCUGAACAUACCUUUGCUUGUCAAACAAAGACGCAUUUUUUCAGGUGUAAUCCGGAACUUUGCAACUGCUUUUUGGAGAUUGUGUUUUUGUUGUCAUUGAGUCGGAAAUAGGAGACCGAAUAAGAGCCUGAAGGAGUCCAGGGAGAUUGCUGUUUUUAUCCAGAGGUCUGCGCCUGAUCAUCAUGCCGGGCCACAGGAGGCAGCCGAGUCUCGAGCUGCUGGAAUUUGUGGGAGUGGUGAAGGAAAGCUACAAUGAAUUUCCGCCUGUGUUCACUUCGCUGUCCUAUGACUUUGUCUUGGUCUCCAAAUACAACAAUGACAAGAGGCGGGAGGCCUUCAAGAAAGAAACUGCGUACAUAAAGGAGCUAAAAAAGAAGAACUUCAAAGUGACAAAAAUCAUUGAUCACCGUCUCACUUUCUAUGGGAUUCAGGCGCCUAAAGAAAUAUUCCAGAAGUACAUGCAUCUGCACAAGGUCUCUGGUGCCUGCAACUGGAGCUCAGACCAAACCGUUAUGUCUCUUAGCACAAGGAUAAGGAUUGUCUACUUCAUAUUAAACCACACACCCAUCCACACAGGAGAAUAUUUACGGGAUCUCUUAAAUGCCAAGGUUUUUGUGGCACGGUUCUGUUUACAUGAGAAAAAGAAGAAGAAAGAGCUGAAGAGUUCCUGGGCACGAUGGACAGCCUGUUGCCAAGGGCAACCCAUAACUCUGAUCAGGGACUACUUUGGGGAGAAGGUGGCCUUGUACUUCCUGUGGUUGGGUUGGUACACAUUUCUGCUCGUCCCACCAGCUCUUAUAGGGGUCCUAGUCUUUCUCUACGGCCUCAGCUUUUUCAACACUUCACCCCUUGUAAAAGAGGUUUGCGAGUCGAACAGAGUCAUGUGUCCACUCUGUGACGAGGGUUGCAAAGUGUGGAAGCUUUCAGAAACCUGCUCAUACGCCAAGCUGAGCCUCCUGUUCGACAAUAACGGCACGGUGAUCUUCGCGAUGCUCAUGGCAAUAUGGACAACAAUGUUUCUGGAGAUGUGGAAGAGACAUCGUGCAACUUACAUCAGCUAUUGGAAAAUGCUUGAUUGGUCUGAAUUGGAGGAGGAACUGAUCCUGGAGGUGGUGAAUGACGCUGAAAGUAAACCAAGGAAAUCCGAGCAUUCUUACGGUUUUAGCACUCUGGUUUUGAUCUGUGUCACAGUGAUGAUAAUGCUGAUUAUUGGCUUGACACAUUUCCUGGUGGUGUUCAGGGUGAUAGUAGGAGGGUUUCUGGCCAAAAAUUCAUUCUCAAGCAACGCCUCCAACAUCGGGGCGAUGUUAGCCGGCGGUUUGCUCCAUUUCAUCAUCAUCACCAUCAUGACGCGGGUCAACAGGAAGGUAGCGAUGAAGCUCUGCGAUAUAGAAAAAACAAGGUCAUUCACUGCCAGAGAGAGAAAUUUCACUGUAAAGAUGUUCACCUUCCAGUUCUUCACCUACUUCUCCUCCCUCUUCUAUGUGGCAUUUUUUCUUGGCAGGAUAAACGGCCAUCCAGGUAAAUACGUACAGAUUGCAGAGCUGUGGAGACUAGAAGAGUGUCACCCGAGUGGAUGUCUCACAGACUUGUUCAUUCAAAUGACUAUUAUAAUGGUGUUGAAGCAAACCAUCAGCAAUAUGAUCGAGAUCACUGUCCCCUGGUUACACAAGUUCAUGAAGAAGAGGAAAAGCUCUCAAAAGCUGCGGAGGAAAUGCGGCAACUGCUACAAGAAAGAUGAAUCUGAGCUCAAAGAGGGAGAAGAGCUUUGUGACAACUGCAAACUCAACGAUUGGCAAAAAAACUAUCAACUCACUGAUGUGGACUCUUUCAGCCUGUUCAACGAGUUUUUGGAGAUGGUGAUCCAGUUUAGCUUCACCACCAUAUUUGUGGCAGCGUUUCCACUUGCUCCCCUGUUUGCUCUCAUCAAUAAUGUGAUUGAGAUCCGCUUGGAUGCCAUUAAGAUGGUCACCCUGGAGCGCAGAAUGUUUCCCAAGAAAACCAAUGACAUCGGUAUCUGGACGGACAUACUGGAGGUUAUUGGUGUUUUAGCCGUCAUCGUAAAUGGCCUGAUAAUUGGGGUGUCGUCCGAUUUUAUCCCUAGACUCUUGUAUCGCUUCUACUAUGGACCGUGUGCCAACGGAACAGCAACAGAUACGGACUGCAUUGCUGGUUACAUCAACAACACUCUAUCCAUUGCAUUACUGAGUGACAGCAGAGUGAAGUUUGAUCCAAACCAACUGGUCACUCCUGAUCACCUAAAUGCUACUUCAUGCAGCUACAAAGACUACAGAGACAGUGACUUUAAUUUUACCCCCCAGUUUUGGCUGAUUUUAUCUGUGCGCUUUGCUUUUGUCAUCCUCUUUGAGCACGUUCUGGUCAUAUGUAAAUUCAUUGCAGCCUGGUUUAUACCUCCGGCUCCAAUCGUGGUGAAGAAUGAGCACCUCGAUCAGAAACACGAAAGACUUCUAGAGCAACUUAAAACUUUCCGUCCUGAAACUGUUUAAACUCCUUAAUGAGAGAACAUUUACUGUGAAAACAUAACCCCGGUAUGGCCUUCUGCAUCUACAUCUCAACCUGGGACGGUUUGAAACCUGUUUUAUCUUCAACGGAGACCCCCCCCCCGAUAUUUGCAUGAUUCUCCUACUAAUUUAGGAUGUUUAUUUGUUUAACAGGAUCUUUUUUAAAACUAAACAUGGAUGAAAUUUAAAAAAAAACACUCAAAUAUGUUGGUUUAUUCAUCUAGCAUUUUGUAUGUGCUUUUCUAUUUAUGUGGUUAUAUGUUGUAUUCUUUGUACAUAUUAUUGUAUUUAAUAAAAUAAUGUUUUUAUUAUAAUUCACGGAAAGUCUCGGAAAGUUAAUACCAUUUGUGCCCAUUUUUAAUGGAUGUAAACCUCUUAUUAAACUGUAACUGAUGUUACUGGAAAUGCUUUUUAUAAUAUUGAUGGUAUUAUAUUGUAAGUAUUGGCUACUUAGUUUUGGAUCUGUGUUCAUGAGCCAUACAGCACAUGAGUGUUUUACCCACAAUGCUCCGCUGCACAUACUGUAGACUGCUGAUUGUGUUACUAAGAUGCCUUACAGUGUAAAAAUGCAAAAUGAAAUGCCUGUUGCUUUUUUCAGACGGAUUUGAUUGCUUGUUUAUGUAAAUUAAAUUGUUUUUGCAUUAUUACAUAUUUUUCUUAUUAAACACAUUAAGA